AUGUCCCCCUACCUCACCGGCAACGGAGGAGGCUCGUCGUGCGGCUCCGGCUCGGGCGCGGCUCUCGGCGCGCUGCCGUUCGCCAUCUCGGAAGAGACUUGGGGCUCGAUCGUCUCCCCCUGCCGCGAGAACCACAUCUCCGGCCACCUCACCUCGUACGGCGUCUUUUCGCGCGGCGGCGCGUCCAUCCUCUCGCCCACGAUGGACCACUUUGGCUUCCACUCGCGCUGGAUCAAGGACUACGGCGUCAUCCUCAACGCCGGCCGCACGGGCGCCGACCCGCUGGACGCCGACUCCACGGCUCGCCCCCCCCCCCCCUUUCAACAAAGGUGA